AUAAAGCGAAGUUCAACCCACAGUGUUUCCUUUUCAGAAAGGGGGUAACGAAAAGGCUGAGAGGAACGAGACUCGCCUUCGACGGAAAAGAAACGCUUCUGGGCUUGACAUUGUACUCCGGAUAUUUCUUCUUCGCCAAGACAUUAUCUACAAUUUAAUGAAAAAUAAGGGAAGGAAUUGCUGGUUCUCACAUGGAGAAAUUUCGACUUUCCGUCUUCUGGUGUGGAACGAUAUUCUUCGGUAGUUUAGCCACAAUUGACCUGGCGGAUGGGAAGCGUAACUGGAAGUCACCGAGGAAUCUGUGUAAAUUCUGUGACUUACAGCCCACCAGCUGUAAUGGCACCAGCGUUGUCUCCUGUUUUACCAACUGUAGCAUCACGGCCAUAUGUGCCCAAGACGAUGAGGUGUGCGUCAGCAUCUGGAGGAAGAAAGAUGACAAUGUGACCAUCGAGACGUUGUGUCACCACCCAUCACAGAGGCUGUAUGGAUUUCUGCUAGACGACUACAACAACACCAAGUGUGAGAUGAAGGAGAAGAGCGUCCCAGGUUCACAGUUCUACAUCUGCUCUUGCUCCGAAGAAGAGUGCAACCACCUCCUCCAUUUCUCUUCCCUGGCCCCCGCGGGGCCCCAGUAUCUGCUCAUUGUGCUGAUCAGCGUGCUGGUUCUGGCCGUCGUCACCUUCUUCGCCUUGCUCUGUUACCGGAUGGUCCGGCAGCGCCGGCUCAGCCAGGGCUGGGACAAGGAAGCCCGCGCCAUCAUGAUCGACGACGACCACUCGGACAGCAGCUCCACCCACGCCAACAACAUCAACCACAACACCGAGCUGCUGCCCAUCGAGCUGGACCUGCAGGUGGGCAAGGGCCGCUUCGCCGAGGUCUACAAGGCCAAGCUGAAGCAGAGCACCUCGGAGCAGUUUGAGACGGUGGCCGUCAAGAUCUUCUCCGAGGUGGAGUACGCCUCCUGGAAGAACGAGAAGGAUAUUUUCUCCGACAUCAACCUCAAGCACGAGAACGUGCUGCACUUCCUGACUGCGGAGCAGAGGAAGGCGGAGAAGCAGUACUGGCUGAUCACCGCCUACCACCCCCUGGGCAACCUGCAGGAGUACCUCAGCCAGCACAUCAUCAGCUGGGAUGACCUGUGGCUUCUGGGCGGCUCCCUGGCCCAAGGCGUGGCCCACCUGCACAGCGACCGCACCCCCUGCGGACGCCCCAAGAUAGCCAUCGCCCACCGGGACCUGAAGAGCUCCAAUGUCCUGGUCAAGAACAACCUGACGUGCUGCUUGUGCGACUUCGGUCUGGGCCUGCGGCUGGACAGCUUGCUGUCUGUGGACGAGCUGGCUAACAGCGGACAGGUGGGCACAGCCAGGUAUAUGGCCCCAGAGGUGCUAGAGUCCAGAAUUAACUUAGAGAACAUUGAGUCCUUCAAGCAGUCUGAUGUCUACUCCAUGGCCCUGGUACUAUGGGAAAUCAUCUCAAGGUGUAAUGCUAUUGGAGAGGUGAAGGAUUAUGAGCCUCCUUUUGGAAAUAUUGGUGAACACCCCUGUGUGGAAAGCAUGAAAGACAGCGUGUUGCGGGACAGAGGCCGCCCAGAGAUCCCCAGUACCUGGAUAAACCAUCAGGGCAUCCAGAUUUUGUGCGACACGAUCACUGACUGCUGGGACCACGACCCUGAGGCCCGGCUCACUGCGCAGUGUGUGGCCGAGCGCUUCAGCGACAUGGAGCACCUGGACAAGCUGUCGGGGCGGAGCUGCUCCCAGGAGAAGAUCCCCGAGGACUCGUCUGUGAGCCAUGGGAAAUAGGCCCCGCCUACACCCUGCUUUCAGUAUUUGGGGGGUGGCUGUUCAGCUCUGUCCUCCAGUCGCUUCUUUCCCAGAGAUACCAGGCCCGUAUUCACGUUUUCCAAGGGCUUGGCGAGUCAAAACUAGUUGCUUCGAAACACUUACACAAACAAUGGUGAGCAAUAGCCAGGCUGAGUAUAAGGCCACAAUACAUGAUUAUUUUAUGCACUUUAUAAAGUACAUAUGCAUACCAGUUAAUGUAUUACAGUUAAAUUUGUUGAUACUCAGGAGUGUGUCCAUUUUUUCUUCCUCCAUUUCUGUGGCAAAUCAGGAAAACAAUGUUUGUAGCACUAAUGAUAAUCUGGCCUAUUUCUGAAAGGCCAUUUUCUGACCAAUGUACUCAAAGUGGUAAGCAUUUGAUUGGGCAACACGGGGGGCUCAAGAGAUGGUUUAAGUGGAAAAAUGACUUCACCUGUUCAGGUGAAAUCAUUUUUGAGAGCAAGCAAGCACAAUUUAAAGACGGCAAGUACCCCAACUUCAAAAGAGACUGUUCAGUAUAUUCUGAGAAAGGGAAUAUAGGAAUCCUAUCCAAAGACUCCAAACUGGAAGUACAUGAGGUAUAAUGUACAUCCAGCAGCACUUGUUUAUUAAUGUGUCAAGAGAAGAGACAUUCAACACUUUGUAAUGUGCUUCCAAGCUGAUAAUAAAGAUGCUAUAUAUUUACACAAAAUAUUG